UACUGUGAGCGAUGGUCCAAGAUGAAGACAAUUCUAGCAUUGGAGACUAUGGAUAUUCCUGGCGGUGUUAAGAUUAAGAUGAAAGCCAAGCAGAUCGAGGUGGAGGGACCACGCAGGAAGCUUACUCGCAACUUCAAGCAUCUCAACCUCGACUUCCAACUCAUCACCGAUGAGGCCACCGGAAAGAGGAAGCUCAAGGUCGACACUUGGUUCGGCUCCUGCAAGACCACUGCCGCAAUUCGAACUGCCCUCAGCCACGUCGAGAACCUCAUCAUCGGCGUUACCAAGGGCUACUGCUACAAGAUGAGAUUCGUCUAUGCACAUUUCCCAAUCAACGCCUCCAUCACCAGCUCCAACCGUUCUAUUGAGAUCCGCAACUUCCUUGGUGAGAAGAAGGUGAGUAAGGUGGAUAUGCUUGAAGAAGUCACUGUUAUCCGGUCUGAGAAGGUUAAGGAUGAAUUGGUGUUGGAUAGCAAUGACAUUGAGCUUGUUUCCCGAUCUGCUGCCCUGAUAAACCAAAAAUGCCAUGUGAAGAACAAAGAUAUCCGGAAGUUCCUUGAUGGUAUCUAUGUCAGUGAGAAAGGGCAAAUAGCUGAGGAGGAGUGAGAGU